UUAAAUAUGAGCUUGGAUCGGACCGUAGAAUUGUUGGAACAGAAGAGAUAUUAGGCAUGAGGAUGUGGAGAGAGAGAUCAUUGAUAGUUUUGGUGUUUCUACUCCACCAAAUUGAUGGAGGAGAUGGUUGCUCCCCCUCUUCCUGUGGCAAAAUCACCAACAUAUCUUAUCCAUUCCGAUUGAAAGGAGACCCAAAAGUGUGCGGUCGGUAUGAGUUAUCUUGUGAAAACAAUAUAACGGUGUUAUCUCUGUUCUCUGGAACAUUUCGUGUGGAGGCUAUCAACUACAAUAAUUUCACAAUCCGAGUGGCGGAUCCUGGACUUCAACCCACAAACUGCUCCCUUCCUCGCUAUUUCUUGUCUCCCACCAAUUUCACUGAUUUUGACUACGCCUUGAGUCCCCCCAACCUUGGUUGGUACCGUGAUUGGCCUGAUGAUAGUGAUAAGUUUUUGUACGAGUAUAUAAAGUUUUUGUACGAGUAUAUAGUGUUUUUGAAUUGUAGUCAUGGAGUGAGAGGGAACCAUAAGUAUGUGAGUGCUGGUGGAUGCGUGAAUUGGGAGUCCAAGGGUUACAUGUACGCUUUUGCUGGUGACCUAUCAGCAGAGGACUUAGAAGUUGGUUGUGAAGUAAAGCUGGUUGCUCCCACAUCUUGGUGGGGUUUGGACACAAAUAAUUAUUCCUAUGCCAUCAUACACAAAGCGCUACUUUAUGGAUUUCAGCUUUCAUGGAUUCGUCUCGCCUGUCAUGAUCGUUGUUCAUAUUAUUUCGACUGCCAUUUCCAUUCUUCCAGCCUCAGGCUUCAAUGCCAGAAUCAAGGUUUGAUCUUUCAUAUUUGUUCAGAUUAUGACUGCUAUUUCCAUUCUUCCAAGCUUCAAUGCCAGAAUCAAGCGCGGUGGGUUCGGCCGGUGGAACUUUUAAUAGACACUAUUUUUGCUAUCAGGAAUGGAUUGCUUACAAUACAAAACCAAAAUGUUCAAACUUAUUUUGAUAGAAGUGAAUAUGGAUAUACAUAUGGAUAUUCAUUUGCGUUGGGACAUUAUGUUAUACCAUACUUCAUAGUUAGAUAUGUUGUUGGCACGAUAUUGUUUAUUGUUUUUUUGGUAUACAAGUGGAGAAGAAGACAUUCCUCAGCAUAUGAAAAUAUUGAAAAUUAUUUACAGCAAAAUAGUUUGAUGCCUAUUCGAUACUCAUACAAGGAGAUUAAAAAGAUGACCAGAGGUUUCAAUGAAAAAUUGGGUGAAGGAGGUUAUGGUUUUGUAUUCAAGGGGAAGUUGCGUAGUGGACCAUGUGUUGCUAUAAAAGUGUUACGAAAAUCAAAAGGUAAAGGAGAAGAUUUUAUCAACGAAGUUGCAACAAUUGGAAGAAUACAUCACCAAAAUGUAGUGCAUUUAAUUGGAUAUUGUGCUGAGGGCUCAAAACGUGCCCUUGUUUAUGAGUUCAUGUCUAAUGGAUCUCUUGACAAGUUUAUAUUUUCUAAAGAAGGAAAUCUACAUUUAACCUAUGACACAAUACAUGAUAUAGCAAUUGGAGUAGCACGUGGAAUUUCAUAUCUACAUCAUGGAUGUGAGAUGCAAAUUUUGCAUUUUGACAUUAAACCCCACAACAUCCUCCUUGAUGAAAAAUUCACCCCAAAGAUAUCUGAUUUUGGAUUGGCAAAACUAUAUUCAACAGAUAAAAGUGUUGUGACUAUGACAGCAACAAGAGGAACAAUUGGGUACAUGGCUCCAGAGUUGUUUUAUAAAAAUGUUGGAAGAAUAUCACAUAAGUCUGAUGUUUAUAGUUUUGGAAUGUUUUUGAUGGAAAUAGCAAACAAGAGGAAAAACCUAAACCUCCAUGCAGAGCAUUCAAGCCAACUUUACUUUCCCUUGUGGAUUUAUGAUCAACUUGGCAAAGGAAAAAAUAUAGAAAUGGAAGAUGUCACCGAGAAUGAGAACAAAAUUGUAAAAAAGAUGAUCAUAGUUUCACUUUGGUGUAUACAAUUGAAACCAAAUGAUCGCCCUUCCAUAAAUAAAGUAGUGGAAAUGCUUGAAGGAGACAUUGCAAACCUAAAAUUACCUCCAAAGCCUUCUCUGUAUCCACAUGACACAUCGGAAGAUGGUGAAAGAAUAUUCUCUAACCAAACAACAUUGUCCCACUUUGUUGGUUCUUCAAGUUUAUCCAGUGAAGAAAAGAUUGCCUCUAAUGUUACCUUAGACGAAAGUAUUUGAUAGUGUAAAUUAUUUAUUUACAUCCAACUAUUUGACUUUGAACAUUUUUCCUUUGUAAUAUUUUGUGACUUAUUUCUUAUUGUUUUAUACUUCAUAUUUUAAAUAUUAUGAUUUACCAAAUUUAAA